UAUUGUCUUGUAUAUCUUUUCAUCACAGAUAUGUAUUCUACCGUCAUCUUGCUUUUUGCCUCGGUCCUUUGCGGGUACGCGCAAUACGAGCGAGAAGAAAUUUUGUUAGGAGGACUGACACCACAAGAUCCGGAUAACCCUAUGUUCAUGUUCAAAGCUUGGAAGGUCACUAAGCAUAUCAACGACAAUCUCACGAUCAAUUCUGGCCCUUAUCUGAUAGUUCCAGUAAAGGUUACAAAAGCGCAGUCACAAGUUGUAAGCGGGACCAGAUAUGUAUUCGAAGUGAUUUUCGGAGAAUCCAAUUGCUUGAGACAUAAGUCUCUUACAGUCGCCAUGAUGGCAACCUACUGUAGGCCAGUUGAAGGGGGAGCCAAAGCUCUGUACAAAAUUGAUGUCGUUGAGCAGUCCUGGAACAACCAAGAAAAUUACAAUAUACAAAUGCUGGGCGAUGUCUAUGACGAAGAAGAGUGAAUUUGAAAUGAGAGUUGAAUGUG